AAUUACAUGAAUUUUUGCUUCGGUAUUUCAGAAAAUUCACUUCUUUCGCCGUGACGUUUUCUUCCCUCCCCAGUCCACUGCUUCAAUCCAUAAAUAUCAAUCAAUUCUAAACCCCUUCAGCCAAAGGUACAAUCUUUGCAGUGCGGAAUUCGGAUCAGUAUCUGGCCGGAAAGCGGUCUGUUGUGACGGACCGGGAUUUCGGCUGCCAUUACAGAUUUGGUUGGAUUGAACUGAGGGUGAAGUGUACAGAAAGUGUGGUAUUGUUAAAGAUCCGGGGUUUUGAAUAUUAGAGAUUUCUGACUAGCUGAAUUGAUGGCUACUCCGGGAGGACCUAGACCGGGGAAUGCUCCCCCAAAUUAUAACCCUAAUGCACUUGCUAAUAAUAUGCAAAAUCUUCAGAUUAAUCAGCCUAAUCAGCAGCAAUCGAGUAAUGUUGGUGGUACUGCCACUAGACCUCCUAAUACCUCACUGCUCGGCCAACAGCCUCCGCCUUUUACUGGUAGCAGACCAGGCCCACCUCCGCCUGGUGUGUUUGCAAGAGGUCCUAUGCCUCCCAGUAAUCCUGCCCAAACUACAUUGCCUCCAAAUAUGGUGCCCGCUAGACCCACUGGCCCACCACCCGGGUCUCGGCCUCCUCCCUUUGCAUCUAGAUCUCCGCCUCCUGGGGCAUUACCAUCUCCCAUAACUGGAACUGCUGCUCCCCCUAAUUCUGGAGCUGGCCCUCAUCCAGGACCUUUUGCAUCUUCUCCUCUGACAUCAGGUCCUACUGCUCCACCGCAAAUGAGUUCCCAUGGUCCAGUUAGUAAUGGACCACCUGCAUUUGCCCCAGGGAUGGUGCAAAGUGGGCCACGGUUCCCCCCUGCCAUGGGUGGUAUGCCAAGGCCGUUUGUCGGACCUCAGCAAUCUCCACCAAUGUUAUCUUCUAGGCCAUCUUCUCAGCCUCUACAAGUGCGUCCUAGCUUUGGUAGUCCACCUGCUGGUGUAUCAUCUUCCAUUGGGCAACCGGCUUCCCCAUUUUCAGCCCCGUCCCAAGCUCCACCAUUUUCAGCAUCACCACAAAACAUGCCACCCCCACCGGCUUCAUUGCCAUUCUCACCACCAGUUCCGGGUGUCCUUCAAUCUUCAGGUUCUCCUUUUGUGAUGCAGGCGUGGCCACCACAGCAGCAACAGCAGGUGGCUCCACCUCCCCCAAUCCCUGGUGCUAUGCAGAAGCAGCAGAUGUUUGGGAUGCCACCAGGGCAACCACCACUUCCAAAUCAAUCUAUGUCUUUGGGUCAAACAGGGCAAUCAAAAAUUGAUCCUAACCAGAUUCCCCGCCUUUCCACAAGUUCUAGUGUAAUUUUGCAUGAGACCCGUCAUGACAAUCAGGCCAACCCUCCUCCGCCUGCAACAAGUGAUUAUAUAGUCAAAGACACUGGGAAUUGCAGUCCACGUUACAUAAGGUGUACCAUAAACCAGAUUCCAUGUACUGUAGAUCUUCUGUCGACAUCUGCAAUGCAGUUGGCGUUAUUGGUCCAGCCUUUAGCUCUUCCACAUCCGUCUGAGGAGCCCAUCCAAGUUGUCGAUUUUGGGGAAAGCGGUCCUGUUCGGUGUUCUCGUUGCAAAGGUUACAUUAAUCCUUUCAUGAAGUUUAUUGAUCAAGGCCGACGCUUCAUUUGUAACUUUUGUGGGUUUACGGAUGAAACUCCACGUGAUUAUCACUGCAACUUAGGUCCGGAUGGUCGACGCAGAGAUGCUGAUGAAAGGCCUGAACUAUGCAGGGGAACUGUUGAAUUUAUUGCUUCUAAGGAAUACAUGGUGCGAGAUCCAAUGCCCGCAGUAUUUUUCUUCCUUAUUGAUGUAUCAAUGAAUGCCAUACAAACUGGCGCGACUGCAGCAGCAUGCAGUGCAAUCAGCCAAGUAAUAUCGGAUCUUCCUGAGGGUCCUCGAACUAUGGUGGGCAUUGCUACAUUUGACUCUACCAUUCACUUCUACAACUUAAAACGUGCACUACAGCAGCCAUUGAUGCUUAUAGUUCCUGACGUACAAGAUGUCUACACUCCUCUUGAAAGUGAUGUUAUAGUACAACUUGCUGAGUGCCGUCAACAUUUGGAGAUAUUGCUGGAAAGCAUUCCUACAAUGUUUCAGAAUAAUAGAAUUGCUGAUUCAGCUUUUGGUGCCGCAGUAAAGGCUGCUUUCUUGGCGAUGAAAAAUACUGGUGGCAAACUUCUUGUUUUCCAAUCCGUAUUGCCUUCAACUGGCAUUGGAUCCCUUUCUGCAAGAGAAGCAGAAGGCAGAAGUAAUAUAUCAGCAGGUGAAAAGGAAGCUCACAAACUACUCCAACCUGUGGACAAAACGCUAAAAACCAUGGCCAUUGAAUUUGCAGAGUACCAGGUCUGUGUUGACUUGUUCAUUACCACUCAAACAUAUGUGGAUAUUGCUUCUCUCUCUGUUGUACCAAAGACUACUGGGGGCCAGGUGUACUAUUAUUAUCCCUUUUCAGCUCUUUCUGAUGCUGCUAAGCUUUACAAUGAUCUUCGAUGGAAUGUCAUGAGGCCACAAGGAUUUGAGGCCGUGAUGCGUGUUAGAUGCAGCCAGGGUAUUCAAGUUCAGGAAUAUUCUGGGAACUUCUGUAAGCGCAUUCCAACAGAUGUGGAUCUACCUGCAAUUGACUGUGACAAGACAAUAAUGGUGUCCCUAAAACAUGAUGAUAAGUUGCAGGAAGGAUCAGAAUGUGCUUUUCAGUGUGCUCUUCUUUACACCACUGUAUAUGGCCAAAGGAGAAUCCGAGUUUCAACCUUGUCUUUACCCUGCACCAACAUGUUGAGUAAUCUAUUCCGAUCUGCUGACUUAGAUACCCAAUUUGCUUGUAUCUUGAAGCAAGCGGCUAAUGAAAUUCCAUCAGGUCCUCUUGCUCAAGUCAGAGAUCAAGCUACGAAUGCUUGCAUCAACGUUUUAUAUUCAUACAGGAAGUUCUGCGCUACAGUAUCAUCUUCUGGUCAACUUAUUCUGCCUGAAGCACUUAAAUUGUUGCCUUUAUAUACACUCGCUUUACUCAAGAGCAAUGGACUGCGUACUGAUGGGAGAAUUGAUGAUAGGUCCUUUUGGAUGAAUUAUGUUUCCCCUUUACCUACUCCUUUGGUAAUCCCAUUGGUUUACCCUAGGAUGAUAGCCAUUCAUGAACUUGAUGAGAAGGAGUUGGAAUUGGAUGAUUCCAUUAUCCCUACUUCUAUUCCCCUUUCCAGCGAGCACGUUUCUGAUGAUGGAAUAUAUCUACUUGAGAAUGGACAAGACUGUUUGAUUUAUGUUGGUACCUCUGUUCAGCAAAAUGUUCUGCAACAGUUAUUUGGCAUUUCAUCAGUUGAAGAAAUUUCGAAUCAGUUUAUUUUGGAGCAAUAUGACAAUCCGUUGUCGGAGAAGUUGAAUGCUAUUGUAAAUGAAAUAAGGCGCCAACGAUGUUCCUACCUACGCUUGAAAUUGUGCAAGAAGGGAGAUUCAUCAGGGAUGAUGUUUUUCUCUUACAUGGUAGAAGACAAGACACCUAGUGGGCUCUCUUACGUCGAGUACCUAAUACAUAUUCAUAGGCAGAUUCAAAGUAAAAUGACUUGAAGAUACACACACAAAUUUUGUUAGAAGUUGUGAUUACCUUAGAGGAACAACUCAUGACAUGAAGCUGGCAGGAUGGAGAUUUGUGCUAUAUGUCCACUUUUAUGAAGGUCUUAAUGGAUAUGUUGAGUUUUUACUUUACCUUUUCUUGUUUCUUUCCCUUACUUUUGGGGCUUUAAUUUUUUCAGAAGGAAGGGGAUUGAUGGGCUACCAUAUAGAGGGUGAAUGAUAGUAAUAAUCUUACAAGGUUUUGCAUUUGUGUAGUUCACAUCUAUUUUUAGCACAAUCUUUUUCAAUGUAAACUUGAAAUGUACAAACAAGGUUGUCUUAGAGAUGGACCUGACCAUACAUUGUACUUAUUGCAAUGAAGACAUCAAAUUUAAUUAGGAUUC